AGUUGGAUGCCACAAAACGGAUAUUUGAUUUGGUUUGUUUCCGAAAGAUGGAGCAGACCUAAUAAAAUAAACGGAUCACAAUAAAGCAACAACACACAUUGAUAUACUGACCUGUUAAUUCAAAGUGGGCUCAUACACCUGCAAACCGUUAUGUUGCCAAUGUCCGACAUUCCAUCACGCUUUCAAACUGAAGGGGGAAACGGCAACAUCGAAAGGGGAAGCCACAGUCCACAAGAUACCCCUCACAAUCAAGAAGACUUCUUGAAACUUCUCGAGUGCACAAGUGCCUGCUUACAGUUGGAUAUGAUGAAGUAUCGCAACGCCUCCUCAAUGACCUUCAAACGACGCCAAGUGUUUGCCAUCCAGGCGAUUGGCGACAAGACCAAUCUUUUGGCAACCAAGUUUGACGGCAUACGAAUCACGUGCAUUGAGAUCCGAUCGGCUGUGGUGCCUACUGACUGGGGAGAUCGCUUUCACUGGGUCAGAGUUUUUGAGCUGCUGAUGAAGUUGAAGGAAAUGUGCCUAGAGCAAGAGCAUGCCACAAAAGCUUUGCAAAAAGAGCAAGUGGGACUUGUCAUCAUCAACAAAGACGACCAAGUCAAGCAGAUGUGUUACCCCCGUCUCAACUUACUCUGAUACAAAUUUGUACUUACAUCCUAUCCACAACCUUAAGUUGUUUUCUCUAUCAUUGAUAAAAGGCAAAAUCGGUG